AUGAAAAGUGCAAUGCGGAAUUCAAAACCAGUUCCACCCUUUUCCAUUCGGGUGAAAUUGGGAUCCAAGCAAGCCAAUGUCAUUCUCGAUCCCUCGCAUGAAAGUUUUUCGAGUUUUCAUUUGCACUAUACAUUGAAUUUCACACCUGAACAGCGAUUGUUUGUUAAGAUUAUUGCUUUGGAAGAUGAAGAAAGCAAAGUAAGAAUCAAUUUCCACAAUGAUAAGGACAUUCCUAUGGGAACCAUUUUAACCAAAGAGCAAAUGAUACAUGAUCUGCGUCCCAAUAAGAAUUAUUUGGUCAUUAUACAGGACACGAGAACGGUCACUGAGAAUGACCUUACACCGGAUGAGUUAAAAGAUAUUAAAAGAGUAUUUGACGAAAUGGAUAAAGACAAGAGCGGCAGUAUUUCACUACAGGAGGUCAAACAAUUCUACAAGCAAGAAAUGGAAUUAAAUAUGAGGAUUGCAAGGAAAGUGUGUGAUCAAAAGAUACAAAAGCAAAUACUUCGCAAGGAAAUUUUCGAAAAGGAAUAUGUAAGAGCUUGUCAAUUCUUUGAGACAAUUAUGAAUUCAAACAUUUCCCAUUUCAUGCAACAAGAUACAGAUAAUAAUCAAGUUGUGACUUGGGAAGAGUUUUUAAAGCACCAAGCCAAGGUCAAAGUUUCCAAUAGAAAAAUAGGCUAA